AUGCCUCUAUGGAUUAUUCUUAGCAUAUUCCUUGGACUGUCUUUGGUUCUUGUGUUUAUUUUGGUGGGCAGGAGUGCAUCUGUUAUGAAGAUGAAAAAGAUAGUGGUAGAUGGGACACGGCCUGUGAAGGGGGUCUUAGUUGUCCGGAAUGACUUGAAAAUGGGAAAGGGCAAGAUUGUGGCACAGGCCAUGCAUGCUGCAUACCAGGCAGCCACACAGGAAAAUCCACUUAACAGCAUAUGGAAGUACAAUGGAUUCAAAAAGACAUCCUUAAAGGUAGAGACAGAAGAGGAGCUUAAGGAAAUAGUCAGAAAAGUGAAGAAACUUAGGAUCCCAUAUACUUCAAUAAUAGAUGCAGGAAGGACACAGGUGGAGCCAAAUACUCACACAGUCACAUUUAUUGGGCCAUGGUAUGAAGAUGAAAUAGACGUAGUCACUGGGCACUUAAGACUGUUAUAA